AUGCCGCGCAGAGUUCACAGGUCCCUAAUCCAACUAAUCUUCUUCUGCGCCAUCCUCUUCCUAAUCCUCUACCUGAACCGACCAACAAGCAUCCCUCAAACCUUCGCAUGGACCAAAAUCCGCUACCAAACCACCGCUCCUACCCUCCCCAAAAUCCGCGGCAAAUGUCCCGACCUCUCAACCACAAAGAAACCCGCCUUGAUCGUCUCCCACGUGGACGCAGACGGUGAUCCAUCCUGGGUAACAUCCCUCGCAGAUCGCUACCACAUCUGCAUCUAUGAUGUCGAUGCCCCGGCCGACAAACCCUCGGAGUACCUCCAAGUCCCCGCGAACCGCGGCCACGAGGCCAUGGCCUACCUUACCUUCCUGAUUGACAAUUACGCCGAGAUCCCGGCCGCGGGCGCGGUAUUUGUGCACGGCUCGCGCUGGGCAUGGCAUAAUGAUGCGCCGGAUUAUGAUAAUAAGGCUCUGCUGGAGGCGUUGGAUGUUAAGCGUGCGCUACGGGAUUCCUCCGGGUAUCACAAUCUGCGUUGUGAUUGGAGUACCAGUACGUGUUUACCUUCGGCGCCGGCACAGGGUAGUCUCGAGAUGAGACUGCAGUCUGCGGUGGCGCCGUGGAGUGCGCGCGCUGCGUCGGAUGUUGCCCUACCCAAAGCUUUGGCGGCGAUAUUCGGGGGUGCGGAUGGAUCUAAGCUGAAUGCGAGAUUAAAGCUUGGACGGACGGAUACAGUGCGCUCACAGUGUUGUGCGCAGUUUGUCGUUUCGCGGGAGCGGAUGUGGCAGCAUACGAGAGAGGAAUAUGUUGCGCUGAGGCAGUGGCUCUUGGAUGGGGUUGUGGAUGGGGAUGGGAGGCGUUUGGCGAGGGGUGGACAGGCUGCGCCGCAGGAUGAUCGGGUUGCUGGUCGUGUUUUGUCGUAUUUGUGGCAUAUUUUGUUUUCGAAGAUGGAGGUUGAUGGGACGGUGGAUCUUGCGCAGUUGAAUCGGGAUGCUUGUCCAAGUGCGGAGGAGUGUUAUUGUCGGUUGUAUGGAAGGUGUGGACUGCAGUGUCCGAACCCGGGGACAUGUCUGGGUCAGUAUCAGAUUCCGAAGUAUUAUAAGCUUCCUGAUGACUGGGAGGCUACGCACUCGUGA